AAUCUUGUUGCCAGCUUAGCAACUCAAAAAUGUGUGAUCGCAGUAAUCUGCACCUCAAAGAAGCAAUCUAAAUCUGUCAUUUUCUCCACUCGAAAUUCCCAGCAACAAGAGCUCCAACGCCAUGAAGCUACCCUGCCAGGAAAACCCAACCGCCGAGAACGAUCGCGCCCUUCUCGCGUGGAAGCUAUGUACGCGCAUCCGCGCCACGCUGGACCGCUACCACGCGCAAGAUCUGCGCAACUGCCUACGCAGGCACGACCUCUGCUCCUCCGGCACCGUCCAGGGGUACGACUUUGCGCGGACGGUUGCCGGCGCACUGCGCGGCUGUCUCAGCGAGAACGAGAUCUGCCACCUGGCGGAGUACUUCCGGUCGCCGGACGGGGGAGGGGUGGCGUACGGGCUGUUUUUGGACGUCGUGGCCGGGGAGGAUGAAGGGGUUGGUGGGAAGGAGCUUGAACGGACGCUUUCGGUCAGUGAGCAUCGGAGGUUGUCGCUGGUGCUGAUGGAGAUCGCGCAGGCGCUGCGCUUUCGCGAGCAGGUUCUGCGGCCUUACUUUGAAGAUUACGAUUUGAUAGCGGGGAAUGGUGGGUCGGUCACGUUGGCGUACUUCAAGCGGGUUCUGUACUUUUUGGGGAUCACUCUGAGGAAGCCGGAGUUUACGCUGUUGGCGAAGCGGUUCAUGGUUGGUCACUACAAGAUCGACUACGAAGCGUUCAUCGAGGAGAUCGACGGACUGCUGCGGUAUUUGGACGGGCGCGGUCCGAUCGACCGGGAAUGCGACGGAGAGGUACCGGCGAAGAUCAUCGCGGUAGAUCUGCCGAAGGUUGUUCGACCGGAGGUCGGGACCGUUGAUUUGGCGAAGGUUCUGCAGAAAGAUACGGCGUAUCAUCCGUGCUUGGCGCCGUCGAGACAGGAGCGUGACUUCCGGACGUUGAUGCUGCGCAUUCAGCGGUACGUCUGGGAGAACCGGGUUCGGAUUCGGGAGUUUUUCGAGCAGUACGACACGUUCCAGUGUGGCUUGAUCAGUCGGAGUCAGUUUGUGCGGGCGAUGGACGCGGUGGGGCUGUCCGGACUGCAUCGAAUGCCGUUGACGGACGGGGAGGUUCGGAGUGUGUGCGAUCGGUACGGGGAUGCGCGGGACGUGAACAGGAUUCGGUGGGAUCGCUUUACGGACGACGUUGAUGAGGUGUUUACGGUGAAGAAUUUGGAUAGGGGUGCGUUUAGGGAGGUUGAGUCUCCGCCGGAGGAGGUUCGGGGUUUGGAACGGGAAGGUUGUAGGGAGGGGAGAGAUUUGGCGAAGGAGCUUGUCGACUGCAUUCGGACGCUGGUAGCGGCUCGCCGAGUCUUGAUCGAGCCGGUGUUCAAGGACUUUGAUCCUCACCGAAAUGGGCACAUCAGUCGAAGUCAGGUGGGGGAAGCGCUCUCGAUGGCUGGGGUGUUUAUAACCGAAGAGCAGCGGUACGCUUUGAACGAGCGGUACAGCGAUGAUCUUGGGUUCAACUACGUGAACUUUUUGAAAGACUUCGACCCCUGUCCGAAGAUAGCUUCAGCGUACGAAGAAAUGCAAGAUCGCUUGGCGAAGAUCAACGCGGACGCCGGACCGGAACCUCAUCCACACGAGCAAGAUAUCGUGCGCGUACUGGCCAAGGUCAAGGGCCAGGUAGUGCGUCGAAGACUUCGAAUCGUCGACUACAUGCGUGGUUUCGAUCCGCUGAACCACCACCGCAUCACCUGCGAUCAGUUCCGCCGUGGACUGGCAACGGCCUCGAUCGACCUGUCCCCAACCGAAGUGCGGACGCUGGCCCGAAUCUUCCAGACUCCGCUGCACCACGAUACGGUCGACUACAAGCGGUUCUGCGACACGGUCGCCGAGGUGGACUACCAGUGCAACCUGGAGAAGGCGCCCCGCCUGGUUCCGCUGCGUCACUUCCCGUCCGAAGAUGGUCCCCACAACCACCUGAACUUUGAAGAGCGCACGAUCGUGUCCAAAGCGCUGCAGAGGUUGGCCCGCCAGGCGGAUGUCGUGUCGAAUCUGAGCGCCCCGUUGCGCGACUUUGACCGCAACCACCUCGGCGUGGUCAACCGGAACCAGCUGAUCCGGGCGAUGGCGACCCGCGGUGAACUGCACAACGCCGUCUCGAGCCGCGAGUUUGAGUUGCUGUGCAAGUGCUUUGGCGUCGAGAUUGGGCACCGGCGGGAGGUCAACUACCGGGCGCUGCUGGCUGCUCUCGACUAUCUGUACGCAAACCGGGAGAAUCACCCCUUUUGAAGUGGCUUGGGGUGUGUAGAUAAGCUGGUUGGCUCUUAUAAAUUCAAGUGCCGGUGGUAUUCAAAUCUCAGUCUCUGGAUUGGAUUUGGAUGCAUUAAUAAAAUUCUAUGUCAGAAUGGCAACUUUGUACUGCGCAGUUUUGAUUUUUAGUUUUGUUCUAACUGGCGCUCAGCAGGAAGAACCGUGCGAGGCGGAGAAGUGUCCCCAGUAUGGCCCGACGGAGGUUGAGUCCGUGCUAACGCUGCUUCCGGUACCGUGGAAUUGCAGUCAAUACGUUGCGUGCGAUCGCGGAGUUCAAAUGUUUAGACCAUGUCCACUCGGAUUGCACUUCAACGCAGUGCUAAUGGUGUGCGACUAUCCGGAUCAUGCCAACUGCGUGGAACGUUGCACCAGUCCGACUUGAGUUGUGUAAAAUAAACGUAGAGUUGGAGUUGUCAUCGCACAAACGACCCGA